AUGAGGUGCCUUGUCUUAUUGGCAGGCAUCACGGUAGUGCUUGGGGCAGUACCCAGGACAUCAGUGGUCAAGGAUAUCUCCUUAGAAGACCAAGAUGGAUACGGCAAGUUGCUCGUUGCGAAAACUUACAGUUCCACCAAGGAAGACUUAAGUGGUGUUCUGGGCCGCAAAGUGUCCAACGACGAUGACGAAGUAACCUUCAAUUUCUCGUCGGAAUUCCACGAAGAUGUCGACGGUUACAAAAUAUCGAUUCACUGGGAUGGCCCCAGCGACAGAAUCUUUGAAGACUGCUUCAGCUUCGGAUCGACACAGUGGUUCGGCGGACCUGAACAAAAGGAGCAGUACUGGCCAAUACAGAAAUCCAAACUCCAAAAGUACUCCAUCGUAUCAAAGGAAGCCGACAACUCGGCGGUGUCGGAGAGAUACUGGCUCAACUCUGACGGAUUCUACAUUUAUGUUCAUCCAGAAGCACCACUAUUUAUUGAUUAUCACAACAUAAUGGACAACCACAUCUGUUUAGUAGCUGAAGUAGCGGACCCCUAUUCCACUAAACGAACCCACAACGUUCUCCAAUACGAUAUAUGGCUCUUCAGCGAUGCUAAAGUUGCUCACCAACACGCUGUCGACACUUAUUUGGGCAAACCAUCAGGCAUUCCCGACUACCGAAUGAUCCAGUACCCAAUCUGGUCUACUUGGGCUAGGUACUCCCGUGAAAUCGACCAGGAAAUCCUCUGGACGUUCGCCAACGAGAUCAAAGACAGUGGAUUCCCGAACGCACAAUUCGAGAUCGAUGACUUGUGGGAGAUUUGCUACGGUUCGCUGACAGUUAACGAGAAUAAAUUGCCAAACUUGAAGCAGUUGGUCCAGGACAUCAAGGGCCUUGGAUUCAGAGUAGCUAUCUGGGUUCAUCCUUUCAUCAAUAAGGACUGUGAUCCGUGGUAUUCUGAAGCUCUUGAAAAGGGAUACUUAGUACUGAACGAAGAGGGCAGCCCAGACACAAAAUGGUGGAAUAACAACGGGUCCAUACCCGGUUAUAUUGACUUUACUAACCCAGAAGCGUCGAAAUGGUACACUUCAAGAAUUCAAGAUUUAGUUGAAACAUAUGACAUCGACACUUUGAAGUUUGAUGCUGGAGAGUCGAGCUGGUCUCCACAGAUCCCAGUCCAGAACGGCGAUAUUGACUUACACCCAGGUCACAUUGUACAAUCGUAUGUGCGUGCUGUCGCCGAAUUUGGACCUAUGAUCGAAGUUAGAUCCGGAAUGAGGACCCAAGAUCUGCCAGUAUUCGUUCGAAUGGUAGACAAAGAUACCUACUGGGGAUUCAACAAUGGGCUACAGACCAUGAUCCCUACUCUUCUCGCCAUGAACCUUAACGGAUACACACUUGUGUUGCCAGACAUGAUUGGGGGCAACGGAUACAACGAAAAACCCAGCAAAGAGCUCUUCGUGCGAUGGCUCCAAGUUAAUGUCUUCAUGCCGACUCUGCAGUACUCUUUUGUGCCCUGGGAUCAUGAUGAGGAGGCGGUAGAGAUCUGUCGUAAAUACACACAAGUGCACGCCGACUUUGCGGACGAGAUCGUAGCUGCCAUGGAGGCGUCUGUCAGAGACGGUACCCCUGUCAAUGCCCCGAUCUGGUGGAUCGAUCCCCAAGAUGAAGAAGCCCUCGGCGUUUGGGACGAAUUUCUUCUUGGUGAACGAGUGCUUGCUGCCCCAGUGGUAGAAGAAGGCGCGGUUACUCGUGAUAUCUACCUUCCUCGAGGCACCUGGAAGGACGGCAACACUGGCGAGAUCUAUACGGGUCCUAUCAAGUUGACAGACUACCCAGCACCUCUAGAUACCCUACCAUACUUCACAUUGGAGGAAUAA